GCUACUUCCUCGCAUCGACGGCGAGCUGCUCCGACAACGCAGAAGAAAGAGACUGCUCUGUGUCGAUUGAAGAGUUUGUUGGGGUUUUUGAUAUCAUCUCGUGGCUAUGGCGGUCCUACUCAAACCCAUUUUCUGUUUCUCGGGGCAUCUGGUUCUGUUCUGUGUCCUCUGCGGAUGCUUCGUGGCAUCUACCGCUUACUCCAGUGGAGAUGAUCUCUAUGCUGUGGAAGGACAGGUGAAAUUGGAAAGUUUGAGAGGAAAAAGCAUCGGCAAGGUAGCUAACAUCAAAGUGGUCUUUGAUGGUGGUGAACAAGUUUCAUUUCUAAGAACCGACGGCUCAUUCGUCUUCGAAGGUGUGCCACCUGGUACUCAUCUCUUGGAAGUUACAGCGCUUGGCUACUUUUUUCCACCGGUGAGAGUGGAUGUGAGUUCUAGAAUGCCAGGGCAAAUACGUGCAAGCUAUGUGGAAGGCCCUCGCCGCACACUUGAUGGACUGGUUCUAGAACCUUUACGUGAGGAGAACUAUUAUGAGAUACGAGAACCUUUCUCCUUGCUGGGGUUGCUGAAGAGCCCCAUGGGGUUGAUGAUAGGUUUCAUGGUCAUCUGUGUGUUCCUCCUGCCGAAGUUGAUGGACAGCAUAGAUCCAGAGGAAAUGAAGAGACUUCAAGAAGCCCAACGCGCUCAUCCUAGCCCCGUCGCCCAAUUCUUGCAGGGACGCACUUAAAAUUGGAGCCCGGAGAAUUCUUGACUGUGUUUCAUUAGAACGGGAAUCGGCCCCAGUUUUUUGAAAUUCUAUGUCUUUACAGAGGCCCUAUAAUCACUACUGUAGUGAGUGGAUGCCAUCGUUCUGGAUCAGUAAAUGCAAGCUUAGUAAUCCAUGCUUGACUUUCAUGAAAGUGCACUUGUCGAUUGUAGCCAUUUAUCCUGCUGGGGCUCUACUGGAAGCGCUGCAUCUCUUUCUUAAACAAACAGGAAAUCAUGCUUACCUAUCCUCAAUGGCCAGUUGCUCUCAUUACUCAGCAAUCUACACUUAUUUAUA